GCACAACAGGAAUGUCAAUUAUAUUCACAAAGCCAAAGUAAUGCAACUGAUACAUUAAAUUCUGGUGAUAGUGAUUCGAAUAGUUUAUCAUCAGUAAAUAUUGUUACAGGUUCUGAAAAAUCAAUUUUAUAUAACAUAGCGGAUAUAAAAACUAGAUGGAAUUCAAAAUACCAUUCAUGGAAACGACUACUUAAACUGCAUGUACCUAACUUUCGCCAUGAAGAAUCAUCAGAUGAUGAUAGUGAUGAUUCAGAAUAUGAUAGAUCAGAAUCAACUAAUGAUUCUUCACCAAACACUAACACCAUCAAGUUAAUGCGCCAUACAAUCUAUAAUUCCUUAUUUGAUUAUUGGAAUGAACUAUUAAUGGUCGGUUUGUUGGCAUCACUUUUGGAUCCUUGGAAUGAAGAAGCUCAAAAAAAGGCAAAAACUGAGUUAACUCAUCAAUUCAAAAAUAUAACUGAUUCAAAUUAUGAACAAACAACAACAUCAAUAUAUACUACUUCCUCAGGUGAUAGCAAUAUUCGCCGCAAUC